AUGACACAUCGAAGAAAUCGAUUAAAACUAGAAAUCUAUUUACAAAUGAAUUAUUUUCAUAUGAAAUUAAUACGUCGUCGUCAAUAUUCAUCUAUAAAUAAACAAAUGAUUGGUGGAAGUUAUAUUCGACCCAAUCGUACUAGUCUUUUGCCAUAUUCUGAACGAAAAAAAUUGGUUCAAGAAGAACAUGAUAAAAUUAUGACGAAAAUUAAAGAAUCUCUUUCAAAAACGUGUCCAUCAUUACCAUCAACAUCACCUCUUUUUAAACAAUUUUCUCAACGUCUUCAUGCAUGUUUAACUUUUCAUUAUAUGGCACCUUUACCUUAUAUGGAUCAAAUUCGUGCAAAACAAGAACGUGAAAUUGUCAAAUCUAUUCGGCGAAAAUCAAAGAAAGGAAAACUUAUUCUUCGUGAAAGUGAUAAAAGUGGAAAUCUUUAUGUUGGUCAGAAAAGUGUUUUUGAACAAAAAGCUACAGAAUAUCGUCAACAAACAGGUGCCUAUGAAGAAUUAUCAUCCAAUCCACUUGAAGAAAUUUUAAUUAAAGUUACUCGUUUACUUAAUGAUCUUCAUAUGAAAACAAAAUAUUUAUCAGAUCCUAUAACACUUCGACCAAUUAUGAAUACAAUUCAUGCUGCAACAACAGGUAUUUCUCAUUUUUUAGACGAAUUAAUUCGACCAUUAUUUAAUAAACAUGCACAACCAAAACCAAUUAUUGAUGGUAAUGAUCUUCUUCAUAGAUUAGAACAAUAUGAUCGUGAUGGUUAUCUUCAACCAACAACUCGAUUUUUUACUUCUGAUAUUACUAAUUUAUAUACAAUGUUACCACAAAAUCAAUCCUUAGAUAUUCUUGAAGAAUUUCUCGAUGAAUAUCAUUUAGAAAAUGAAUUACAAGGUAUAUCAAUUGAAGUUAUUCGACAAUUAGCUGAAAUUAUUGUUGGUGGAGCCAUGGGAUCACCAUUUACUUUAACAUUAGCGAAUAUUUUUAUGUGGAAAUGGGAAAAUAAUAUUAUCUGUAAAAAAUUAGAACCCAAUGAAAUCUAUGUCCGAUUUAUUGAUGAUAUUUUCUUUACUUCAAAUGAAUCUAAAACAACAAUCGAAGCUAUAUUACAAGAUGCUAAUAAAUUUCAUCCCAAUAUUAAAUUACAAGCCAAUAUUGGUCUUAGUAUUUUAUUUCUUGAUCUAUUAAUUAGUAAUAAUAAUGGAAUUCUUUCAUCAUCUGUCUAUCAUAAAUCAGCCGCAGAACCAUGUGUUGUACCAUUUAUUUCUGAUCAUCCUCGUCAUACGUUUGCUAAUAUUAUUCAAGCUGCUCUUCUUCGAGCAAUACGUUAUUCUUCUACAUUAGAAAUUUUUCACACAGAAUAUCGUACAAUUCGAUUAAUGCUGUUAUAUAAUGGAUAUCUAUCCAAAUAUAUUGAUACACAUUUUCAAGAAUUUUUCGCUCAAUAUCUUCCGAUUUCAUCGCUGGUACCACUUAUAUAUGAUGAAAAUCAAUUUUUAAUAAUAAGAAAUAAAUUAUUUGCUCAACCAUCUGUAAAAGAAAUACAAGCGAGUCAAGAAAUAGCUAAUAUAGAAAGAAAACAAGCUAGUAAAAGAAACAAAUUCGACAAAACAUUAUUUCUCCAUUAUACACAUGAAAAUCGAUUGUUCCCAUUUAAACGAGAUAUACACAAAAUUUACUCAGAAGCCUUUCAAGGUGCCGAUGCAGCAAACCUUCGACUGAUCAUUGGACAUCGAAACAGUCGUAAUAUUGCAUGCGAAUUGAUACAGAAAAAGCCAUAUUCUUCCUUUAUAAAAUUACAACCAGCGAAAAGUAAGAUUACCUAUCUGCCUACAGAACACUUUAAUGUAUAA